UAUGGUAUGUAGCAUAGGAGUGGCUAAAACAGUCAUAUUGAAAGUGAAAGCGCUCAGCGUUACACAAAGCCUGUCCUUCGUGCUGCGUUCGGACUCUCCUUGUCCAUUUGAAGAUCAUUUACACAAGUAAUCAUGUCUUCGGUGAAGGUUAUUCUCGUAGUUUCUCUCUUCGUCCCUACUGUGAUGCCCAGUUCAGAUUUGUUUAAAUUGGAAUGCCGACCUACAGCUGGAAUUCUUGCUCAGACCACAGUUAUCCGAUGCUUUUUCAAAAACAUCAAUGAUAUUGAGAUAGUUGGUGUUAUUUUAAAAAAAGCUGAACAAAAGGAUCCAAUUUUUACUCAAGAGGGUUCAGAAAGAUCAGGAGAUCCACGCUUCAGUCUUGAAAACAUAAAAGUGGGACCAUCUCUGCUAAUAUCUAACACAAUGUUUUCUGAUGAUGGCGAAUAUCUGUACCGUGUUGUAACGGACAGUGGUGAAAAAGAAAUACAAUUUAGCAUCAGUGUCACAGCAAAGUACAAGGAUCCUGUCGCAAGCACAUGGCCUGAAAAUGUAAUUGAUGGAGGACCUGCCAGCCUUUACUGCAAUGCUACUGAUGGAUACCCAGAAGGCUUCAUCCAUUGGUUUGACCGUUCUGGAAGCAACUGGACCGUAAAUUCGGAGCUGACAAAAAUCCCCAAGAACAUCAAUGGUGUAAAAUCUGUAGCUUUGUCUAGCAAACUGACUUUCAAGUCUAUCACCUUGGGCCUGGCACCAUUUAGAUGCAUCGUCUUUAAUAGCAAAUAUGUACAAGAUGGAGAAAACACACUGGAGAUCACAUCUGCUAUAAGUAAUGAAAAUGAACAUUCUUCAGGAUCUAAUAUGAAAAACAUUGUCGCUGGUGUGAUGGUCAUUGGAUCGCUUAUUGUUGGCCUGCUGUUUGCUCUGUUGUGUUUCAGAAAAAAAAAAGAUGAGCGCCCUUACACAAAAAGCCCUGAACUGGAAAAUGGUGACAGCAGAUGAAAUUGAAACUAUAAGCCUUGAUUUUCAUAUGGACGUCAUCCAGCAGCCAUUUGACUGAAAAAAAGUCAUAAGGAAAAUGGCAGCUGUUGGAAUAACGACAGAUUUAACAAUCAGUUCUCUUUACAUUUACAGUCAAAUGUGGGUUUAGAGAGCAUGUACACUAAUAGCUGUCAAAUUUAUUACUACAUCAAUGUAAACACAGAAUCUUAUUAAAGAUGCUAUUGGAGUUUUGAUGAAAAUUAUAGGAAAGAUUUUGCAGUGUUUUUUUUUUAUUAUUAUGUUUUUCUGGCUGUCAAGGUUAAUGUAAAAUUGGCUAAAUAUGUCAAUGACUUUAUAACAGUAUCCAGUUUAUACAAACAAUAACAAGCAAUAUUAUUACUGUUUAAUUUUUGUUUCUGCUUUCUUAAACCUGGUCAGAAAUCAUUCAUCAAGGUUAUUUUAAAUUAACAAAUUUAACAAAGGUAAUAUCCAAAUCUAAAUACAGUUUUGUAAAAACUGUUUUGUAUCAAUAGGUUGUUUCUCCUCACUACUGUCACUUUUGGCUUUACUCUCGGCUUUAUUUUUCUGUAAAGCAUCUUAGUAACAACAAUAUUCAUGCUUAUUAAGUAAGCGUUAUACAAAUACAUUUGAAUUCAAUUUAGUUUCUCACCUUUUUACAUAAAACAUAAAUAAAUAAAUAAAUAAUCAUAACUCAAAUAAAAUGUAAGUAAUUGUGUCUGUACUGCUGCCAUUGUAUCAUUGGUCACUUAUGCUUCACAUAAAUGAUAAUUCAACUUUCGUUUUCAGAUUCUGUUCAUUUAAAAGUGAAGUAAAUAAUGCUUUAUUUGUAAUGUGGAGAUUUGGCAGCAAGCACAGCAACUUUUGAAAAAAAAAAAAAAAAACUGUGUACCAAUAAAAGGAUUGGUUUCUGUGAAAAA